AUGGUGUUCUUGAUAUGGUUGAAUACCCGACCCUCUCUGUACCACCUCGCAUCUCUGCCAGAGUAUGGGUGGCAGUAUAUGAGACACAUCAACGUCAUCUUUACCCUCAAGCGGGAAGCUCUGCAACGAGGUGCUGCCAAGAGCCACAGCCUUGGGUCUCCCGCCAAUGACGAGUCAUCUCUCUCGUUGCAUCCGGACUCCAUCGUUGGUCAGCCGUGCCCAAACGGUCCAGGUGGAACACUACGCGACUCUUCUGCGUCUCCAAGUCCCAGUGCGGCAGCCCAAACGACCAUUCCUGCUGGGAAGACCGACCUUCCGGUCUGA